AGAAUGGACACCCUAUUGAUCCGCUUCGGGCUCGGAAUAAGGCUACGACUGGAUUCAUGGAGAAAAUUGGUGGUCGCGCUUCCUCCCUCGAUAAUCUCUCUUCUCGAUCGCCGGACGAUGGUCUAGCUCGGCUCCAUUGACGUCUUUGUCACGAAUGUCGCUCCCGUAUGAAGGACAGACCCCCAUCGACUGAUUACAUGAACACUGAGGAGCCCUUAAAACGGAAGCCCAGGCAGUCGACCCGCCCACAAAUCAAGCUCAAGCAGGUGGCUGGAGACAACUCGUAAUGGAGCACGGAAAUUGAAACACUCACACCGAGCAUCUGACGUCGCCAUGGGAACCCGAGCGGAGAGCUCGUCGGUCAGUUACGAGGCUUUCCGGAGCAAGUCGGAAGCGCUAGAACGAUUCCAUCUCCGGCGGAGACGGCAGCGUUAUUUGAACGUCUUCCUCCUCGCGACGACUUUGCUUUUGAUAAAUUUGAUCGUGUUCUACGUAGUGGAUCAAACCCGAGCUUUGCCCUCUCAUCCCGCACCAGCGCAAACCUUCUGCUACUUCGGAUACGAUGAAAACGAUCACAGUCUUCAACCCGAAAACAUUAACGGCACCUUAUGCGACCAUAUAAUUUUCGGGUUCGCGGCCAUCGAGAACAACAAGCUCGUGCCCCGUGGCAAAGGGGACAACAGAGAUGAGAUAUGGCGUCGGACCGUGAAACUCAAGGAGCGUUUCCCGCAUCUAUCCGUCAUGAUUUCGAUCGGUGCUCCGGCCGCACAAUUCAGCGCGACGACCUCCAACGAAACUUCUCUACGAACUCUCGUCGAAUCAGCGGUCCAAAUAAUCCAGAAAUACGAAUUCAACGGCUUAGAUAUCGAUUGGGAAUUCCCGGCGUGGGGCGGGAUGCCAAUCGCCGACCAAGAAAACUUCAUAAGUUUGUUACGUGAACUGCGUAAGGCUUUCGACGAUUCUACUAUUUUCGGCAACCGGAACCAUCUGCUUCUUACCACCGCGGUGGCUGCUCCGAUCACGAUCGUUCAGACCAGUUACAAAGUACCGGAUAUGGCGCUCUACUUGGACUAUUGUCUGCUGAUGGGAUACGACUUCAAUCGUUUCAACAAGCUUGUCCCUUUGGUGGAGUUCAAUAGUCCUCUCCAUAGACACACAGGGCAGGUUUCGUUCUUGGCGAUGUUGAACAUCGCGGAAGCGUCGGAACUAUGGGUUCAGAAAGGUAUGCCCCGCGAGAAGCUGGUGGUUGGCAUGCCAUUCUACGGGGUUACUUUCAAAUUAGCGGAUCGGAAUCGGGUCGAAGUCGGCUCCCCUGCCAAAGCCGUCGGCUUGUAUGGAGGAUCGCUCACAUAUGCCCGGAUGUGCGCUCUUUUGGAGGAAGGUGAUUGGACGGUGGUUUUCCACAAUGAAUCCAGAGUGCCAUAUGCAUACAGAGGAGAUGAUUGGAUUACAUUCGAGAACCCACAAAGUAUACAGGAGAAAACGCAGUGGGUACUGGACCAAAAAUAUGCAGGCAUAAUGACAUUCGAUCUCAACUACGAUGAUGUCAAUAGGACGUGUAAAACUUCGAAGGAGAAUUUCCCCUUGCAAACGAUAGUUUUCCAAGCGGUAAAAUCCCUGAAGCCCGUUCGUUGAUAAGACGCCGCGAUGGCCUGCCGCUGCUUCAUCUCUGGCCAACACCUUCGUCGGGUUUUCGGGAAGACUGGCGACGGCGAUGCUACGAACCAAAGAUUUUAAUUUUUGAAUGUCAGUCGAGUUACUUAAUAAAGUUCGUUUUGAAAGUU